AUGUCGCUCGUAAACCCCGAAAAAUCCAACUUCCAAUACAUCUUGCGUCUCCUCAACACCAAUGUUGACGGAAAGCAGAAGGUCAUGUACGCCAUGACCAAGAUUGGUGGUGUCGGUCGCCGAUACUCCAACUUGGUCUGCAAGAAGGCCGAUAUCGACCUGACAAAGCGUGCUGGUGAGCUUACCACUGAAGAGCUCGAGCGAAUCAUCACCAUCAUCCAAGACCCCACUGCCUACAAGAUCCCAAGCUGGUUCUUGAACAGACAGCGUGACAUUGUCGAUGGCAAAAACUCCCAAAUUCUCGCCAACGGUCUCCAGAGCAAGCUCCGUGACGACUUGGAGAGAUUAAAGAAGAUCAGAUGUCAUCGUGGUUUGAGACACUACUGGGGUCUAAGAGUUAGAGGUCAACAUACCAAGACGACUGGUCGUCGUGGACGUACCGUCGGUGUCUCCAAGAAGAAGGGUGGUUAA